GUGAAGCUCGUCAGCGUCGGCAUUCUAGGAGCUGUCUGCUUCUUGGCUACCUUGGGCGUGCAUGUUCGACCCAAUUCAACCGCCACGAAGGUGUUGGCGCUUCAGCACGGCUCCUCGCAGUUGUGCGUCUCGGUGAUGGUCGCUGCAGUCCAGGUCAUGCAGGGACACUUUUUUAAGGAGUCCCUGCCCAACGAAGAUGCCCUGUGCCACUGGGCGACCGGCGGGGUGUCUGGGAGCCCCUGCUACGAGGUUCGGGGCCGUGCAGUGGUGAAGCUAGCCCAUUUUCUGCCUCUGCACAUCACCGAAGUUCUCUUGAUGCUGGAGUGGAUGUUAUCGAUGGUUCCGCAGGCUCCUGCGGCCAUUCCGAAGGAGACUGUGCUGCGGUUGGCUGCCGGCUGCUGUUGGCUGAUGUCACUGCUUGGCAUUUUUCAGGUUCUCCGAGGAGAGCCUCUGAUCCUAGGCUUGGAGAUCCUCCGACACUGGGAGGGUCUCGCGCUGAUCACGUCGAUGGCAGCUUUGGCCAUGACCUUUUUCUGGGCGCUGCUGCAGCCAG